AUGGCAGCAGAAGAGCCGACACCCGCAGUGGCCCUGCAUGGGAAGGGGGACAUCACCCACUUCGAAGACCAGGCAGUGACCGCCACGGACACCACGGAGAAAAAGGCCGAAGUGGAGAAGAGAUAUCUCUUGAAGAUCGAUGUUAUCGUGCUUGGAUAUGUGUCGGGAGCCUAUCUUUUGGCCUACAUGGAUCGAGGAAACAUCGGGAACGCCAACACUGCAGGGAUGUCCAAAGACUUGGGCCUCAGCGACAACCAGUACCAGUGGGUGUUGACCGCCCUGUACUUGGGGUACAUCCUGUUCGACUGGCAGACCAUCUUCUACAAAAUCUUUCCGGCUCGAUACUACGUCCCAACCGUCAUUUGCAUCUGGGGUAUCAUUGCGGGAUGCUGUGGAGCUGCCCAGAACUUCACCGGUCUGAUUAUACUGCGUGUCUUGCUGGGGAUCUUCGAGUCUUCGUACAGCCCCGGGCUCGCCUAUUUUUUCUCCUUCUUCUACUACCGAAGAGAGAUGGGUCGACGUCUGGGCUGGUACGUGUCCAUCGCUCCACUCGGUGCCUCUUUUGCUGGGGCCUUCGCAUAUUUCGUGACGAAAGGUCAUCAUUCAAUUGCCGGCUGGCGGGCUCUCUUCCUCGUUGAAGGACUGCCGGCGGUAGCUGUUGGUCUCUUCGGUUACUACUGGCUUCCCUCAAACAGUCAAGACUGCCAGUUCCUGAAUGAGAAAGAAAAGAAGAUCGCUUUGGCUCGAACAGUUCGCAUGACCGGAAACCAAGAGCGAAGCCGAAAGAUUCAUAUCAAAGCCUUUUUGAAAAGCUUGUUGGACCUCAAGAACUGGUUACCGACCCUCAUCUACUUCUCCUGCAACGUCGGCUACUCUUCGCUACCAAUCUAUAUACCGGCAAUUCUCACAGGCAUGGGCUUCACGUCUAUCCAUGCCCAAGGCCUUUCUGCGCCGCCAUAUCUGUUCGCCUGCUUGGUGGUACUGGCAAUUGGCCAUCUAUCGGAUCGAUUUCAGCGUCGAGGCUACUUCCUUGCCGGAUGCAUCUCAACCGGUGGUAUCGGAUAUAUCAUCCUCGUUAGCGUCAACAUAGUUGCCGUCAAAUACUUUGCACUGUUUCUGGUCGCUGGAGGAUUGUACCCGUGCAUUGGUCUGGUGCUUAGCUGGGUCGCGAACAAUAAUGGAAGCGACAGCAAGAGAGGCGCCGGUUUCAUCCUCAUGAACUUUGUGGGUCAAUGCGGUCCCCUGGUUGGCACUCACAUAUUCCCAAAAUCCGAGGCUCCUCACUAUCGCAAAGGGUUCAUCAUCUCGCUGAGCUUUUGCUUCUUUGCUGCCACACUGGCCCUGCUACAAGUUGCCUGGCUAGCCCAUCUCAACAGGAAGCUCGAUGCUCUCCACGGACCAGUUCGCCAGGAUAUCGACACGGAAGAUGAGAUCGGAGAGGAGACUGAUGCCAGCACAAAUUUCAGAUACAUGUGA